UCAAGGUUUACAAUAUAUAGUAGUGACUGUAGCCGGUUCAUAGAAAUAGAGCUCGGCCGGUGAAAUCAAUCACUAGCAUACAGAGAAUGUAUGUAUGCAGAAGGCUAGAAUGUCCUAUUUGUAGCCAAAUCAUUCUAUUCUUAAUUCUAACAUUGGCGAAUGCUAAGGCCGAGCCUCGUCGAGCAAAGAUGAAGCCGAGCCGUACGUUUGAGUUAUAUGCAAUUCGAGGUAAGAGAGAUAUGCCCCCGCCGCCGCCCCCCACCCCGUCGCCGCCUCCUCCUCCCAACCCACCGCCGCCACCGCCGAUUGCCCUCCCUAACCCUGCUGCUGGCCAGCCCCAGCGUGCGUCGCCUAGUCUAUUCAAACAUCUCUUCCCGCACCUCGCUUUUCCCGGAGACUCCAUUGCCCCAGCUGCCGUCGGGUCCCGUCGGACAUCUGCUCCAAAUCCGGCGCCCUCCUGCCAUGCCCGCCCGAGCCUUGGUCUUCCCGUUCCAGAUCUGCGUCCAGGCGGGGGUCCGGGCUCGCGCCGUGCGGGCUCGUACGCGGAGGCUGUCAUGGGCGGACCAACGGCAUUUACUCGCCCACAGCCACUCUGCUUCAAUUCGUGUCCCAUCGGGCGGCGACGGAGCGCUGACCCGGUGCCUCGCCACCCCUCGAGCCGUGCAGCGCCGCGCACUUCAAUGGCUCCCCUCACCGCGAAUCCGGAAGAAGAUUUGGGCUGGCACACAGUCAAGGCAAAAUACUGGUGGCGACGCCGACCACUCUCAACUCGACACGACGGGCUCCAGUCGACCAACCGGCCUUCAAUUCCCCUGCACCUCUUCAAUACCCGCACGACGGGUCGCUGCUUCAGGUGCCUCGCCCCAAAUCACCGCUCCUCCGACUGCCGCAAUCCCGUUCGCUGCUUCGGCUGUCGGCACUACGGCCACCGUCUCCGCGACUGUAAGCCCCCUCGCGGCGACCGUGCUGCUGCUCCCACGUCUGUGCAGCCAGUGCGGUCGGCGGGUAGCCAGCAGAGGGCCCAGGCGGCCUCCGUGACCAUGGUGGUCCUCGGUGACCCCUGCACACGCCCGGACGAAGAAACGUGCAUCAUCCCAACCUCUUUCGACAUCGAGCAGGAGGCCAAGGAGUGGGAAUCCACUGCUCUCGUCCCAUGGGCUUUCAGCCUACCCCAGGGGGCGGGUGUCCGGCAGGUUGAAGAGACGAUUCUCUAUGAGCUGCGCCUCAAGCGCGGCGAGGUAACUGUCUCCCAGCACUCCCCUGAGGCUUUCUUGAUCAAAUUUGAGCAGCAGAAGCAUUGCGAGGCGGCGCACAGGAGACGCUGCAUCAAGAGGAAUGGUGUCGUCCUUUGUCUCCGGCCGUAUCGCAGCCUGGAGCAUGCUAUUGGCGCGCACUUCUUCUACCGCGUUCGCAUCUGCCUCGAGGGAGUGCCGAGGCACGCGUGGCUCCCUGACGUGGUAGAGAGGCUGGUGGGCCGGUCCUGCUCCAUGCAAUACAUCGAAACUGACCUGCUGCACCCGUCGGACACCCGCAGCAUCAACCUGUGGGCGUGGACGCGCAACCCAUGCAAGAUUCCUAAGAGAAUUGGGCUCAUCUUCACUAACCGUGCUGUGGGAGAUGCUUCUUCUUCUUGGCAGGUCAUGGACGAGCUUCCGUCCAAAUGGCAGUUCGGCACUGCGUUCCAGGUGCUGGUGCACUUGGACUCGAUGGAGGACUACACGACGGCGCCAUCCCCCCUUAUUGGAACCGCUAUUCCGCAGUUCACGUCGGCGCGCCAUCCCUUCAUUUGGUACUGGGGCAAGGCGGACGGCGAGCCAGGGCCGGACCGCGUCUACGAGCACCCUUCCCCCCCUCGCGAGGCCAUGGCUAGUAAUGACCAUGGGCGCGGGGCUGGGGCGGAUGCGGGGAGGAGGCGGGAUCGUCCCCGAAAUGCUCCCCGCCCGGGCGUCACGGACGACCACCCCAAGCCCCAGCUGCUCCGCCGUCGCGGCGGCCCUGACGAUGAUGAGGAGGAUGGGCCUGGCCGCCAUGGUCAUCGGCGCGCUGUCGGCUGGCCACAAGGCUCUGCGUGGACGCGCACACGUUCCAGGUCCCCAAGACGUAGGGAGUUCGGCCGUUCCAGUCACGGCGGCGGCGACGGCCGUCGACACCAACAGCUGCACGUCCCUGUCGGGUUCGAGCUCAAACUCCCAUCUUUGGAGGAGCUCAGGGCUCGGGACAAUGUGGGGCUGCAGAAGAUGUUCGCCACUGAAGCUGCUACCCUGCGCACCGACCUCAGCCACCUUCUUGAGGAUCAGGUGCAGCGCCCAGUAGAGAACCUCUUGGCCCCUGCGCGCGCUUGGCUACACGACGCGGCAGUCAAGCAGCAGCAAUGGCUCCGGCAAGCAGACGACUACAUCACCAAGGCCUGCCACCUCGCGGACAGACUCAACAUCGCUACUGUGCCAUUAUUGCCAGGGAACCGGGCCGGGUCCAGUGCUGAUACUGUCCCUGUCAGCAGGGCCAUGGGGCGCAUCUUGUGCGCCAUACCAGCUCAUACCAGCGGGGGCGAUGGUGGUCCGUUCAUUGAUCAUGUCGAUGAGAUGGUGGUUUCCAUGCGCGAGCUAGAGAUUGUGACUGAUUCUGUGGUUGAUGUGGCUGCUGACUCUGGGGAUGCUGCGGCCGCUGCCUGCGAGGUCACGGCCGGAUGCAGCAAGGUGGUGGGCUCCCUCGUGGAACCUGCAAGCGACAGCGAGGUGGUGGAGCUUCCCGGCUCCCCCAGGGAGCAUCGUUCUACCGUGGCGGCGACUGGAGCGUCUCAGGUCCCCCUGCCUUCACCAACACAAGCAAUCCAUGGAUGCUUCUUCUCCACGCCGCCGUUACCGCUGCUGAAGGAAGCGCCACCCCUUCCUCAGCAGAGGCGACGGAGGACGUACGACAUGACGAAAGUUCGCCGCAGCGCGCGCCUUGCCAAUCGUCCGGCAAUGCCGGCCCUAAAGCGGGCCCAAAUCAUCCUCUGCCAACGGCUUGGGCUCACUGCAGAGGAGACUAAUCACAACUCGGUAGAGCAGGCUCUGAAGAAGUACGUCGCCAUGUUCAACACUGCUCUGCCCGAACCUGUCACCGCCGCUCUUACCAGCUUGCUGGGAAUCGACGACGAGCAUACGGAACAACUUGAUGAGGCAUUGAUCGGCUUGGUGGGGCAGGGGAUCGACGGCAUCAAUCCAAUGGAAGGCGUCCCAGCCGCAGGGGGGGGCGGUGGAUGAGUGAACCUGCUGGCCACUCCAUGAGUUCCAACGUUUUGAUGAAUCAAGCAUCCUGCAUGUACCCUGCGUCUUCUGUUUUUAUUCUUCGCCUAUUUGAAAGACUGCUGAUAUGUUGCCUGCCCAGUGUCGUGCUUCAUUUUGCGAGAAUAGGCAUGCUGCUGCUGAUCUGCGUCUUCA